UAUCCUUUUAUCAAUACCAGCCCUGUCUUCCUCUCUCUCUCCCCUCUGAAUAGCCCAGUAGUAGAAAAUAGCUAGCUAUAGCUAUAAGAUGGUCAUUAAUGGCGAUCGAAACAGUUGACUGACAAACUUUGUGGUCUCAUUCAAGUCUCUUAUCCUCUUGUUCUCACCCGUUUCCAACGCAAGAACAACCACGGGCUCUCUUAAUUCAUUCAAUGUUCUCGCAACCCAAGACCAAGUACAGCUAAUCCCUUGGUACAUCACCGCCCUAGCUACCUUCUCAUCUAUUACACGCUGCAUGUACUGGUAACUCACUUCAUGCAGCUCUACUAUAUAAACGACAGUAUAAUCGAUGAGCUCAUGAUUUGCUUUAUCUUUCACUGACUGCCGUUUGUGAAGAGAUAACAAAGAGAGAAAGCAGAUAUGGCUUAUAAUAAGUUCUCAUGCAGAUUGUUUUCGUCACUUGUUUUGGUGGCUUUCUUGGUUAUCUCAUCUGGGUUUAAUGUUUUGGGACAAGACAGAGUUGAUCGAAGCUUCACUUUGAGGACUCUUUUGGAGAUAAAGAAAGCUAUUCUGGAAGACCCAGAUAAAGUGUUGCGUGGUUGGAGUAUGAGCAAUACCAACUUCUGUAAGUGGAGAGGAGUUUCAUGUGGCCUCGUCAACUCGGUGGACGGUUCAGUUCGAGUGAUCGGGCUCAACCUAUCCGACUCGUCACUUGGCGGGUCGAUAUCGCUCGCAAUCGGUCGUUUAGGAGACCUGCUUCAACUUGAUCUUUCUUCUAACUGCCUCACUGGGCCCAUCCCACCCACCCUUUCGAACCUUACUCGGUUGGAAUCUUUGCUUCUCUUUACCAACCAACUCAGUGGGCCCAUCCCGAGUCAGCUCGGCUCCCUCACGAGCCUCCGAGUCAUGCGAAUAGGCGACAAUGUUGGGCUCACCGGUCCCAUUCCGGCGUCGUUUGGGAACCUCGUCAACUUGGAAGUUCUGGGUUUGGCUUCGUGCAGUCUCACCGGUCCAAUACCCCCGGAACUCGGACGACUCAGUCGACUCCAAAAUCUUAUCUUACAAGAAAACCAGCUGUACGGUCCAAUUCCGGCCGAGUUAGGCAACUGUUCCAGCCUCGAAAUAUUCACGGCCGCUAAGAAUGGUAUCAACGGAUCGAUCCCUGGUGACUUGGUUCAUCUCCAGAAUCUCCAAAACCUCAACCUCAUCAACAACAGCCUCUCCGGCAAGCUACCAAGUCAACUCAGCGAAUUGAGUCAACUCGUCUACUUGAACCUCGCUGGGAACCAGCUCGAAGGUCCAAUCCCUAAGUCUUUCGCUCAACUGGGCAAUCUUUAUAAUCUUGAUUUAUCACGAAACAAGCUCACGGGAGGCAUUUUACCGGAGUUUGGCAACAUGGGCCAACUCGGGUUCUUGGUUCUUUCAAACAACAAUCUCUCAGGCUUAAUCCCAAAAGAAUUAUGCUCCAACGCCACCAGUUUGGAGCACCUUUUCCUGUCAGAGACUCAAAUUCACGGCGAGAUUCCGGCGGAAUUGAGCAACUGUAGCUCGCUUACUCAGCUUGACUUAUCCAACAACACGCUUAAUGGGUCUAUUCCUGUCGAACUUUACGGCUUGGUGAGCUUGACCGAUCUCUUGCUGAACAACAACACCUUAACCGGUUCGAUAUCUCCUUUCGUUGGGAACCUCACCAAUCUUGUGACUCUGACGUUGUACCACAACAAUUUACAGGGCACUCUGCCAAAAGAGAUUGGAAAGCUGGCAAAGCUCGAAACUUUUUAUCUAUAUGAGAAUCAGCUGUCUGGGGAAAUUCCCUUGGAGAUUGGAAACUGUUCGAGUCUACAAAUGGUUGACUUUUUUGGAAACCAAUUCAAUGGGGAGAUUCCUAUCACCAUAGGAAGGCUUAAAGAGUUGAACUUACUUCAUUUGAGGCAGAAUGGGCUGGUGGGUGGGCUUCCAGCCACUUUGGGAAACUGUCAGAAAAUGACUAUCCUUGACUUAGCGGAUAACCAACUCUCUGGUGGCAUUCCUGCUACUUUCGGGUCUCUUCUUGCUUUGGAGCAGCUCAUGUUGUACAACAAUUCCCUUGAAGGUAAUCUUCCUGAUUCGCUAGCUCGACUAUCAAACUUGACAAGAGUGAAUCUCUCUAGAAACAGAUUGAAUGGUAGUAUUGCUGCUUUGUGUAGUUCUCAUUCUUUUCUCUCAUUUGAUGUAACUGACAAUAAAUUUGAUCAUGAGAUUCCUCCUCAGCUGGGGAACUCUCCUUAUCUUGAGAGGUUGAGAUUAGGAAGCAAUCAGUUUACCGGUAAUAUCCCACGGAAAUUGGGGAAAAUCCAUGAACUGUCAUUGUUAGACCUCUCGGGUAAUUUACUUACUGGUUCGAUACCAGGUGAGCUCUGGCUUUGCAAGAAACUUGCCCAUGCUGUUUUAAACAAUAACCUUCUCUCGGGUAUAUUACCAUCCUGGCUUGGAAGUUUGGUUGAGCUGGGAGAGUUGAGGCUGUCAUCGAAUAUGUUCUCGGGGUCGAUUCCACGGGAACUUUUCAAUUGUUCAAAGCUGCUUGUACUUUCUCUUGAUAGAAAUUCGCUUAAUGGAACGGUUCCCAGUGAGAUUGGUAAUUUGGUUUCGCUUAAUGUCCUCAACCUCAAGCACAACCAUUUCUCAGGGCCAAUUCCUCCAACUAUAGGUAAUUUGGAGAAGCUUUAUGAGCUCAAGCUUUCAGAGAACAACUUGGAUGGAGAAAUACCUCUGGAGAUUGGACAACUGCAGAAUCUUCAGAGCGUUCUGGACCUCAGUUACAAUAAUCUGAGUGGAGAAAUCCCACCUGCUAUUGGGGCGCUUUCAAAACUUGAAGCCCUUGAUCUUUCGAACAAUCAACUUGUUGGAGAAGUCCCUCCCCAAGUUGGUGAAAUGAGCAGCCUGGUCAAGCUCAACCUCUCAAACAACAUCCUACAAGGGAUGUUAGGGAAACACUUUUCACACUGGCCCACUGAAGCAUUCCAGGGAAAUUUGCAUCUUUGUGGAGGUCCUCUAGACAAAUGCACUGUUUCUAAAAAUCAGAAAGCUGGCCUAAGCCCAAUAUCAGUUGUGGUAAUUUCUGCAGUGUGUACGUUAGCUGCAAUUUCUCUGCUGUUUUUCGUGGCAGCAAAGGUUUUCAGACACAGGAAAGAGUCCUUCGGCAGAGCCAGUGAUGUGAACUACAUGUACUCAUCAAGUUCUUCUGCCACUCAGCGGAGGCUUCUCUUUCAAAAUGGUUCCACAAAGCGAGAUUUGAAGUGGGAAGACAUCAUGGAAGCUACACACAAUCUGAGCAGUGAGUUUAUAAUCGGCUCGGGAGGGUCAGGAGUAAUCUUCAAAGCAGAAUUGUCCAAUGGAGAAACUGUAGCAGUCAAGAAGAUUUCAUCCAAAGACGACCUCCUAGCUAACAAAAGCUUCACGAGGGAGGUCAAGACCCUAGGGACGAUAAGGCACAGGCAUCUGGUAAAGUUAGUGGGGUAUUGCAGUAAUAGAGGAGCUGGUGCAAAUAUGCUGAUAUACGAGUACAUGGAGAAUGGAAGCGUUUGGGAUUGGCUUCACAAACAUCCUUUAACUACCAAGCAGAAGAGGAGUCUUGAUUGGGAAAAUAGAUUAAAAAUUGCUGUUGGAUUAGCUCAAGGAGUGGAAUAUCUCCACCAUGAUUGUGUCCCUAUGAUCAUUCACAGAGACAUUAAGUCUAGCAAUAUCUUGCUAAACUUGAACAUGGAGGCACAUCUGGGUGAUUUUGGGCUUGCAAAGCCACUCGUUGACUUUGAUUCGAACACAGAAUCAAACACAUGGUUUGCUGGUUCUUUUGGCUACGUUGCACCAGAGUAUGCUUAUUCACUGAAGGCGACAGAGAAGAGCGAUUGUUACAGCAUGGGCAUUGUUCUAAUGGAGCUUGUUAGUGGAAAGAUGCCCACUGAUGAAGCUUUCGGGGUGGAAAUGGACAUGGUGAGAUGGGUGGAAAGUCGUAUGGAAAUGCAUGGAUGUGGCCGUGAGGACCUAAUUGAUCCAGCUUUGAAACCUCUCUUGCCAGGAGAAGAGUAUGCAGUGUUCCAGGUACUUGAAAUAGCAAUACAGUGCACCCAAACCAGUCCCCAGGAAAGGCCAACGUCCAGACAAGUUUGUGAUCAGUUGCUUCAUGUUUUUAACCAUAAGGGUUCGGUCUACUACUACUACCUUCCCCGUGGGGAUGGGCCCCGCGGGGACCCGCUCCUAAUGUGGCGGGGAAUCCCAUCUAAAUGGGAAAGGGGCGGGGAGGAGGAUAAUUUUUAAUCCCCGAAUAUUAAAUGGGGCUGGAACGGGAUAGCACUCUCCGCUCCGACAGGGCCCGUUUAAUUUUUUUAUAUAUUUUGUAAUAUUUUAUAUGUAGUUUAUAGUUUUCUUUUUGUAGUAUAGUAGUAACUUUUUUAAUAUUUUAAAUCAUAAAUAUUGUGCAAUAUUUUAAUUUACAUAUAAUUUAUGAUUUUAAUUUUAAAAUUUAUUUUUUAAACUAAUGGAUUCCCUGCCCCAAUAGGGGAUUCCCCACCCCGUCCCCGACGGGGAAUAAGCGGGAAUGGGGCAGGAAUGAGGAUUAGAAAUAUGAAUGGGGACGGGGGAGCACUCUCUGCCAAUUUCCUGCCCCGUGUGCAUAACUACCAACGAGGGGUGUUCUGAUGGGGAAAAUUUAGACAUUUUGAAAAUUAGUAGCUAAGAAUUCUUUUUUCUUUGAGCAUUACAAA